CUACAUCAGUGUUCAUGCCACUCGCAAAGCAAGCGGUUGUCUGUUGCUCCGCCAAUCUCUCUGACGUACAAUUCUGGUUUGGAGCUGUCCUUAUAAUACUCGCGUGUGAAAUGGACUUGAUAUACUUCCACAUACUAAACGCUAUGGAUAUAGAACUUUAGUGUGAAAGAUUCAGUGUUUUAGUGCUUGAAAAACAAGGCCUUGGAUGUUCAGAACGUUUCGGGAUUUCUCCAUUCAUUUGUGGCGUGUUUUGAAAAUAGAACCGCUAGUGUGCCAAGCGUAGCAUUCGCUCAGUGUAAACAGAAAACAUAUGAUUCGCGCGCAUUUUAAAAUGUGAACCAAUUAGUGUUCGAAAUUCAAAAUUCAUUUACAUAUAACAUUUUGUGAAGAACAAAUUGGAAUAGUUUUAAAAAUAUUUUGUAAUGAGAAUGUGUGUGUUCUAUAUUUGAAUUUGAAAUCUUAAAAUGGCGUCGAAUUAAGACUAAUGUGUUUAUAAUUGUUUGUGACGCUUGACAAUGAUAUUGUGAUUUAUUGGGAUUGUUGAUAAUUAUUAUUUGGAGAGCGUUUAUCUAUUGAAAAUGAAUUCGAACCGCCCAUUUUUCGGAUCCCACUCCGACACUUCAGCAAUUAAUAUUAAGAAUAUGGUGACAGAUCUCUUCACUCAGAUGCGAGAGCCGUCCCCCGGGGCGCCCAGCCCCAAGGGAUCCAACUCCUCGCUGACCAACGGCGCGGUGACCAGGAACAUUGGCUUCCAACAACAGAACACCGAAUUGCCUUGGAGUAGCCCGGCUAUAUCUCUGCCUGGGAACUGUAAUUCUAAUUUGACCAGUGAGACUCAGAACCCGAUGGCUCGCACGAUCAGCAACGCGUCUGCGCUGACAUCGCUCUGCGCCGACCUCUCAGCUUCAGACUCACACUUCUUUGAGGUCUUAUACAUCGGAAAGGUGAGGAUAUCUCAGCGCAAAGUUCCUGAGUCCUUGAUCGACGAUGCUUUGAACAAAUUCGCUCAACAUGAAGCUGAAAAAGCUUUGAAACAGAGGCGGCAUAGCUUGCUGUCUUCUACUGGGACAUCAAUAUACAGUUCAGAUUCUAAAGAGAACCUAGAAGAUGAAACAACACCACCACACGAGCGUUUUGCCAACAACAGCAAGAAGAUUCUAACACCCAGCACCACUCCUUUAGAACCCGACAAAGCCUGGGCAAGUGCUGAAACUCUUAGCACAACACGCAGCAAACCAGACACGAAGAAAAUAGACGAAGAAUUCGAUAUGUUCACUAAAGAACGAGCAGAAACAAUAAUUAAAAAGCCAACACAAACACCACUUGAACCUAGUGUCUUAGUUCUAAAUGUACCUAAAAAUAAUUUGGACACCGUCAAAGAAGAAGACAAAUCAGAUAUUUACUCUGUUAUAUCAGAAACGGCGUCUUCUAUCAAUGAGUUCUGUUUAAAAACCAAAAUUGAGAAUUCCAAAAUUGAUGCGAAAGACCCAGAUCCGUUUUUGGAUAAAGCUUCUCAGAAUCAGAAGGGUCGUGAGGAUAGUCCAACUCCGAUGAACUUUCAAGAGAUUAGUCGGAAGCCGGUGGUGACUGAGAGAAAGACGUUGAAUGAGAAUAAGCCGUUUUUGAGGGAUCGGUCAGCUUCUAUUGGAACUAUUAAUCAGAAAACUCCUAUUGCUCAGCUGAUUGGGGAACAAAAUAGGACUAUGCUAUUUCAAGUUGGUCGCGCAGAACUUCGUCUAAUAAGCCCUGAUAGAAAGCAGAUCCUUCUCCACCGAGGGUUCAAAGACGUGGCCUCUUGUGUCCUCGGGAGGAUCAAUAAGGAACACUUUGGCUUUGUAUGCAGAGAGACCAAUGAUACGUACGCGUGUUAUGUCUUCAAGUGUGAGAGCGAUUCUGUGGCUUUGGAGCUUAUUAAUGCCAUAAAACAAGCGUUCGUAGCUCACGCAGAGCUACUGAAGAAAUCCCGAGAGAAGUCACCAAACAUGACAUGUGAACACUGUCCUAUGUUGUGGUAUCAUCGCCUGUGCCAUGAUAUUGAAGGCAUGAACGACAAGAAGACCCACGCCUUCAUCCUCCGCCGCAUAGAACAGCUACCUGAAGAUGAGCAGGAUCUCAUAGUGACCAAGUACCAGGGAGGCACCAACCAUAUGUAUGAGACGGGUGAGCACAAUGCAUUUCUGAUGAUGUUGCUGCGCGCGCAUUGCGAAGCCAAGCAGACACGACAUGUGCACGACACCGCUGAGAAUAGAUCGGAGUUCCUAAACCAAUACCUAGGUGGCAGCACUAUAUUCUCAAAAGCUAGACGUUCGAUAUCCAGUAGUUUUGAUCUACUGAAACGCAAAGCCAGCAGGGAUGAGGGUGUUGUGCCUCCUAUUAUAAAGAAGGAAACAUCGCCUCUAUCAACUCCGGUACCGAUUGUGUUGGACACGGCAUCAGAGCCAGCGAAUCAGGAGUUACUGUCUCCUGAAGUCGUGAGGAGCAAAAGUCUGUCGCCAGCUGUGUUGGAAGAAGCGACACCAUCACCUCGGUCCAACAUGACUCCCACUCCUGAAGAGAGCGAGGAUACUGCUGACACUCCGGUCAACUCGCCCAUGAUGGAUAUUUUCCUGAAAGUGAGCGACAAUCGGCCCGCGCCAGUGGAAGCCGGCAGCGAGAACGAAGCUACUUGGAGACAGGCCAUAUACGAGAAAAUUGUACAGCCUGACGUGCAGGUUGAAGGCGAGUUAACUUCAAUGCGCAAACCGUCAGGGCCUAAAGGAAAGAGAACAAAAGAGGAGUUGAGAAGACUAUGGAAGAUGGCUAUAGACCAGACCAUACUGCUGGUCAGGAUGGAGAAGGAGAACGCUAGGCUGAGAGAAAGUGAAGAAUCAUCAGCGGUCCGUAGAAUAAAACUGGAAUAUACAGAACUGGGUGUAUGUGAUGCUGGAGUGAGUCUCAUGUGGGAUUCCUUACUAUCCCGGGACCCUUCACAGCCAAUGGCGAAGGUUGACAGGCAUAUGCUGACUCAGGCUGUGAUUCAAGGAGUCCCCCGCAUGUCCCGCGGCGGCGUGUGGUACUUCCUGGCGGAGCAGGCGUGUCUGCGCUCGGCGCCGCCCGACACUGCCACGUGUCCGCUGUACCACACGCCUUACUCUGUACUGUUGGCGGGGUUGACGAAACAUCAGCAUGCUAUACUGAUUGAUUUGGGUCGCACAUUCCCAAAACACUCGUACUUCGCAUCAGCAUUGGGUCCUGGACAGCUGGCGUUAUACAAUCUACUGAAAGCUUACUCUCUGUUAGACCCUGAUGUGGGGUACUGUCAGGGUCUGAGCUUCGUGGCUGGGGUGCUGUUGCUUCAUAUGGAAGAGGCAGAAGCAUUCAUACUGUUACGUCACUUGAUGUUCAGAAGAGGUCUUAGAAAGCAAUACUUACCAGAUAUGAGCGCUCUGCAAGUUCAGCUCUACCAACUGUCCCGUCUGCUCCGUGACCACGAACCAGAUCUUCACGCAAAGUUAGAAGCCCUGGACAUCUCCCCGGCGCUGUAUGCAGCUCCCUGGAUGUUGACGCUCUUCACCAGUCAGUUCCCACUGGGAUUUGUCGUCAGGGUCUUUGACCUGAUAUUCCUAGAAUCUCUAGACAUAGUAUUCUCUGUGUCUCUGGCUCUGCUGUCAGCUCACAAAGACGGGCUGAUGCUGUGUGAGAGCUGCGAGGAAGCUGCGGAGUACCUCAAGCAUAAGCUGCCUGAUAUGAACCGAGGGUUCUAUGAGAAGGUUAUGAAGAAGGUCCUAUCACUAGACAUAAGUCGUCAACUCUGUGACUACGCAGUAGAAUACGCGGUACUUCGGGAAGAGAUGCCGCGACUAGCCGCCCUUACUGAGGAGAAUAGACUACUGAUCGACGAUAAGAAUAGAUUGGGAGAAGAGCUUGAUGAAGCCAUGGACGCCAUUACAAAUUACCAGAAAACGCAAACACGCUUAGAAACACAGAACAAAUCCUUAGAACAACAGUUAACCUUGCUAAGCCGCUACAUUUCCGCUCACCACAAACAAGACAUACCAAUAGAAAUCAAGAAAAUCGUCCAAAACCACAGCAAGAAGCUAUCCUUCAAAAUCUUCUCCACGAAAUUCUCCAACGACCAACCAGAGCCUGAAGACCCGAGGAAGAAUUUCAAGACAGGGAUAAGCUCGCCGAAUUUAUUCGCGAAAAUACGCGAGGAUUCUCCAAAAGAUAUAGAGCAUGAACGAAGACAGUUUAUGAUGAAGAAAUCGCAGUCAGUCCAUUCUGGUCUGAUAGCUAAUAUGAAGAAUUACCAACUCAAAGUACUAGAUGAGAAAAAUGAGAACCACAAAACAGAAAAUAUCACAGACAGUUUGAAGGAACUAGGCAAGAAGAAUUCUGGGUUCUUUGCAAGCACACACGAGCAGAUACGUCAAGAAAGGCUCUUUGAGCAUCAACUCAAAAAUAACUUUGAUGAGAAUUUGCGAAAGUUGGACGAAAAAUUGAAUGAGAAGUUAAACCCUACAUCGUAUAUAGAUGAUUUGAGCAUAUUUCAGAGUAGAAAAAGUAUGUCUUUGAAUUUACAGCAAGGGAAAGAUGGUAAAGUAGGGGAUAGUGGGUUCGUUACCCCGUUGAGUCCAGACGAGAAGAAAGAAGAUUCCUGUUCCACUAUUUCUCAUCCUUUAAGUGAUGUGGAUGUGGACAUAAAGUUUGACGGACAGUCGACUAAGCUAAAACAGAUUAGACCUAUUAAACAUGUUGUUAGUGACAAAUCGUAGUACUUGCCUAAAUUAUUUUGAAAUAAAGAAUUUGUAUAGAAAUGAAAUUAUAUCUUCAUUUGUCUAGCCUUUUCCCAACUAUGUUGGGGUCGACUACCAGUCUAAUGAUGAGUUCCUCCGUGUUUCGGAAGGCACGUUAAAUUGGUGGGUCCUGGCUGUCAUUUGAACAUCUUUGGCAGUCGUGUCGGGAAGUCAGAAACCAAGUCUGGCAACCAGUUUUAGAAAGGGGUAAAGGGUUAUCCAGGUCACUGGGUUGAGGAGGUCGGCAAUCACUCUAUGUAGCACACUGGUACUCAACUGCAUACGGUUCGACUGGCAGCCGACCCCAACAUAAUUUGGGAAAAGGGUUCGGGAGAUCAUGAAAAGAUUAAAAUUCGUUUCUAUACGGGUUCCAUAUUCUCAUACAUAAUUAAUUUGUAGUGUAGGCUGAAUAUUAUUAAAUGCGCAACGUGGAUUAAGAUAAUACUAGCUGCUUCCCGCGGUUUCAUCUGCGUCCCGAGGGAACAACUUUCCGCACUUGAAUAAAAAGUAGAUCAAUAUUGUUGAUUUCUAUAUGAGUUAUAGUACUUUUUUCACUAAAAACAACUGUCGAGUCGAUUUUGAUAAAAUUUUAGGAAAAUCGUGGACGAAAAUGGUGAAAUCGCGGUUUAAAAUUAAAAAUAUAUAUAUAGAAAUUAAAUACGAUGGUCUGUGUUCAUAGCAUAGGAUAUAUACCACACGUUAUUUAUUCUAUAGAAUAACGUUGACUUGCACCAUUUAACUAUAACGAUAACCAAACCAUAACCAUAUACUUGUCGCCCAUUGGUCACAUCGGCGAUUUGACUACUGAAAAUGGUUCGGUUAUCGUUAUAGUUAAAUGGUGCAAUUCACCUUAAGUAUUAUAUUUCUGCGAAAAAGAGAUAGCACUAUGUAUGUAGCGCGCUGUUUCACUCACACUGUGAUGGCAAAAACACAUGUUCUCGCUUUAAGCUUUUAGUUAAUAACUGUAUAGUAAAAUACAUUAGAUUAAAUAAAUAUAAUAAUUAAGAAUUGGUAUUAUAAGCUGGCAUAAUUAUCGGAUGUUUUAUUGUCAAGGUAUUAUCGACUUUGUCUUCUUUGAAAUUGAGUCUAAAAUUAUUUAACACAACUAUGAAAUGAAUAAUAUCGAAGUUACUACAUGGAAAAGCAUAACUUUUAAGAUGUUUUAUUUUAAGAAAAGUGGGUGAUCCAAAUGUUUUUAUUUCAAAUAGGCCUUUGCAGGCUCCUGUGAAGCGUCACACUAGUUACACGGUUCAAAAAAGUUGGUGUCAUGGAGAAGAGCCGGCAAGAAACUUCAUAAAUGUAAAUUUAUGUGCAAAUUGUCACAUGUAUUCACCCGCUUUCGUGAGAUAAAAUACCUUUAAUUGAAUAUAGACUCUAUCUCAAUAGUGUUAGUGUCGAUAAUAAUUUGACAGUAAAACAUUUUCGCUACGAUUUGCCCGUUCGCCGGCCGUCACUCACAAAGUUCCCAUAAAGCACCAAUAAAUAAAUUAAUUAAGUAAUAAAUAAAAGUAAAAUAAUAAUAAUCUAUAUUUGUUGCACAAGAUAUUUAUAAUUAUUUUUAUUGUAUAAAAAGACAGUGAGCACUGUAUAUGUUUAUAGAAAUAUAUAAUAAUAAAUGCAAGUAAGUGUCAGUUUAUAAAUCGGCCGUAAAUAGUAUUGAGUAUUAAGUUAAUUUGAUAAUAAUGAUGACUUUGAGUACGUACCCGCAGAAAGAAAACUUAUAGUUGGCCGAUAGUUUGUUUGGGCUCAUAAAUCAGUAUGAAGAUGAAUGGUAGUACGCACAUUGCAAAGAUCAGGUAUUUACCUGGUAUCAGACAGACUGAAAACUUUGAUUUGUCAAGAUUUUCUUUAAAAAACAAUUGCUAUCCAUUGGGUUAACUGUUGGCCGACUAUUUACUAUUAGUGUAUAUUUUAAUCUUACUUGCAUAUUGUCUUGCAGAUAUUAUUUUUUACAAAAAAAGUAUUACCUUACUUUUGUAUUCCGCCGAAGUUGGGUAAAAAAGAGAUUUCUUGCUCUCAGUGUUCAAUAAGGAAGGCCAAAGAAUGCUCUUUUAUUGAAUUCACUUCCAAAAAUCAGGUCUUAAGAUAUUUUUUAUGUAUUACGAAUUAUUAUAAAUUGCUCAAAAUUUUUACUUUUUUAUUAUAAUAAAAUUAUAAAUAAGCGUAAUAAUUACUUACGUAAGGACACUGAAAUUACGUUCUGGCUUAAAUAUAGUGAAAUAUUGUGAUUUAUUUUAUAAAUAUUAAAAAUAAAUGAUUAAUAGUUGAUA